AUGGCCCGCCUGAAGCUAUUGCCUGAAGCUAUUAUUAUUAAUAAGGAAAAGCAAAGAGUUAAGAAACGUAAAGUGGAAAAAAAAGAAAAGAGGUCCAGUAAACAGCCUAGGGAUAGAGUCAAAAAGAAAGUAUUACAAGAGAGUUCAGAAGACGACGAUGAUGAGGAUGAGACCAUUUGCUUAGGCUGUGGCUCAUCAUAUUCUGAAGAUAUAAGUGGUGUGGACUGGGUCGAAUGUAUAUGCUGUAAAGGAUGGUCGCAUAUAACCUGCAUAAAAGGCGAUGCAGUUGCUUAUGUUUGUACAAACUGCAACUCAGAUUCUGACUACGAUAACUAA